AUGGCUAAUGACCACGCAGAGGAGAUGGAGCUACGACCUUUAACGGAUGAAAUGGAUUCUAGUAAAUUCAAUUCACAAAAUAAGACGAAAUCUUCUAAAAUUGCAAAGCGCAACACAGAGAAAACGUCACACAGGCACCAGCACGAUUACAAACGUACUCAAACUAAUAAUCGGUUUCUGCGCACGACUCCGGGGCAAUCAAACAAUGUCGAUUUUUCGGAACCGGAUGGUGAUGGUGAAAAGAGCGAUAACAAUCACGGUCGCCCAGAUUUGAAUUUCUUGACGCACAAAGCCACUGUAAUAAGUGAGAACUUCAUGGACAAAGUCAUUGUAAAUCGUACAGUGUUCUGUGGUGAAUGGUUUCAACACCGUCGAUCAUUAGCGCCGGCAUGGCAUGAUUUUCUUAAGCAGCUGAGGCUUCAAGAAGUAUCAGGGCGAUUUGUUUGUGAAAAAAAGAAGCGAUGGAUGUUUUUGGGAAAUAGUACACUAGAUCGUUUAGAAGAACGCUUUGAGAGGGAAUUUACUGUCACUGAGGCAAACGGCAGAAAUGGUAAACAAGAACGCCCAGAUAUGCUGAUAAAGAAACUACUGUCACAAAGUGAAAACUCACUUUCUCGAAGACCGAUAGCUGCUCAUGAUGACGUAGUUGAUACGACCACAGUUCAGCUGGCUGAUGCCCAAAACGAUAGCCACGACUUAAAAAAUUCUGCGCCAACCUUUGCGAUACUUAAGCUUUUCUUAGACCGAAUUAUGCUGGAUGAUCACCCCACAUUUACAGUUGCAGACCGUCUCACUGCUCAAUUACGAGCUCUUUACAGAGCGUACAAUAGAAUGCAACAGUUGCAGCCGUGGCAGCUAUCACUCCAGCGUCUUGAAGAUUUCUAUUUCCAGAGCACUAACAAGCCAGAGCGUUUAGCCAAAUAUUCUCUAUCGACAAAACAAUUGACUCAGGAACUUCAGCAACUUGUUAUAAAUCUCGAAGCUCUCAAUCAACUUCACUUUCAAAUUUUGACGAAGGUCGAACAAUUGCACAUUGCCGAGACUCAUUCUGGAACUGGAAUAUCCGUACAUAUCAAGCGACUUCAGCGCAAGCAGCUCAUUGAUUUAUCGCGUGUAGGCGCCGUCGUGGGCCUUCUGGAAUCUUACACUAACCACCAACAAAAUGAAGCAGCGAGAUGUGAUAAUAAUAAACAGCUUCUGGCAGUUAAACAAUUGUCAAAUUCUCUAUCAUCAAUUCUAUCAGCGUCGGCUUAUUUUCUUCAAACUGUUUUACAGCUCAAGGAAAACAGAAAACACCAAUUUUCGCUCAGUGAAUCUUCUUCAAGGCCUCAAAUUUAUGUAAUAAUCCGCGUGAAUGGAAAAAUCGCGUGUAAGACUAAAGUCCAAGCCUGCAACCACGGUGAAGUUCGCUUUUUUGAAAACUUGUCUUUAAUAGUGCCAUUCUUCCCAUCAUCGAUCUUUGCUGAAGUGUAUGAACGCCGAAAGCUAAUGCGCGACAAAAUUCUUUCCACGGGCACAUUCCCUAUGCUAAUUCCAGGGCAGACUGCUGUAAGGCCAGUAGCUGUAACUCGGCAAAAUUUCGAAGAAUGGGGAGACGAUGAUGUCAAAAACUUGGUGCCUGUUGCGAGUAUCACACCUAGUGACGAAUGGUACGAGUUUGGCAGCACAACUUCGAUCUCACGAAAACGAUGGCAUUCUUCUUUCGACAAUGAGCUACGAAUGAACCAAACAAAUCGCUAUACGCACGGCAGGCUGCAUCUUCGAAUGUCUUGGGUAUCAGAUCAACAAAACUCAAGCAUGACUGCAUAUCUCCCUCCCAAGCGUCUUGAUAUCGCUUAUAAGCACGAUAAUUUAACUUCAAAAGUACAGCUUAUCGGAAAGUCUGCAUCCCAUAGUCUCAAAGAGUCAUCGCGAAUUCUUAGCAACUUCAGCUUUAGUGAGGAGGAAGAUUGUAAUCGGGUGGAUCAAUCCCGAUGUCUCAACCUCGAUCCGAUCAAUCCUGACAAUAUGCAAGCUCAACGUUUGCAAAGAGACUUCCCACAGCAAAAAAAAGAAGCGCAGGUAUUUGAUUUCAACGGUCGAAUUUUUUUUCAGACAAGCAAUGAAAUCAAAUUUUUUGCUGGAAGUGGUCGUGGACUUACAAAACGCAAUCGGCUUAUACAAAUUCGUGAUCAAGAGUACGCCUCUCGACACGGAAACAGUGUAAGCAAUGCGCUUGCAUGCCAAGAUAAAGUCGGCGUUCGACGAUGGGAGCCGGAAGGCGCGGUGUUUGACGAACCAUUGCCGUUGCUGGAGCACGAAUUACUGACUGACAAGCGACUGCUUCGACAUUUACGACCAGAACUGCGCGCAUUUGAUCGUCGCCUGCUGUAUGAUUCAACAAAACACGCGGAGGUGUCUAUUGUCCAACGCUAUCGAGUACAACAGCUUGUAAGGAUUCAAGAUUUUCGUGAGCGUGUGCGGCAAGCUAAACGUUUAAGUAAUUUAAAUACAGACCAGAUUACUCAGGAAGGGCAAGUGAAUCGGCCAAAACCGUUGACUGCAAUUGUUCAGGAAAAUCCACUGCCAAUGUUUCCAGGGUCACUUGAUUUGUCGGCAAUCAAAAAAUUACUUGCACCGCGGAGGCGCUUACGACCACGCCUUAAAGUGCCUGCCCCCUGUCAAUCAGUAGCUCAUUGGCCAACUGCCUGCACCUUGUAUAUCCAGUUGCACAAGGCAAUCAACGUUCCGGUGAGAGUCAAGCGUUCAGGUCACCUUGAAAGAACUGUGACGACAGGAAGUCGACAUCGUAACUUGUUGCAGCGAAUGAAAAAAAGUCCUCGAAUGUUGCUCAUACCGUCUUCUGGUGAAAAUGACACCAUGCCUCGCGAAGACAAUUUACUGGAAUACGAAAGCCACAUCUUUGUGCAGAUUAAUUUUCAGGGCAAAGUGCGACAAACCACGCGUGCUACUAUUGUGGGAAGUUUCGAUAAACAGGACGAUAGUAUCGGAGCAAAUGCGUCGUGGAUGGAAACUGUUGCUUUUCCGUUCCAUCCUCCACGAGAUGACUGGAGUCCUGACGGUAUCGAAAGUACUCGAGAAGUUAUCCGCUUCAGCAUAUUUGACCAAGUCACUCGUCCAGCGUCAAUGAGUAUGGACGAGGAUCUGCAUAAUGGAGAAGAGCAAUUCGGAUCCCAGACACGGGCAUUGCAUCGAGAAAACUGUUUUCUGGGGAGCCUAGAAAUUCCAUUCCUGACAGUAUACCAAGCUGGUCGCUUCGAAGGCUCAUUGCGUUGUCAGAUGCCAGUUGAGCACUUGGGUUACGCUAAUCUUUCCGUUAAUACAGCAAGCAAAGCUACAUCAAGCACAAUGGCAACUUUGUCAGAUCCACCGUCAGCUGCCUCAUCGUGCAGCGAAGCACCUCAACAGCUACGUAGUCGGGAUGCUCCAAUGUACAGCCCAGAUAGACAAAGAAGAUUAAGUUUGAAAAAGACACAAGCCCCAAAAGCCGAAUUUAUUGACUCUAACGGAAGCGAUGGUGGUGAUGAGCUUAAAGUUCGGAAAGUUACACGCGAAUCCACUUUAUUGAAAGUCACGUUGCUUUUAGACCCCGCUCUUCCUGUAAACACGCCAACUCGAAAUUGCACUGACAGCAUAGCGACCAGUAAGGAGAAUUCGCAAAAUAAAGCGAUUUUCGCCCAUGCACAGCGCUGGAUUACAAAUGUGAAGAGCAGUGCGCCGGCAAAUGCAGUAUCUUGUCGAAACUAUAAUGUUUUUGUACGUAACCUCAAGCAUGGUGCAACGUUUCUAUCUCAAUUCUUGCGUGCACAAUCACCACCAAAAGAACUUCAAGAUGCCCCUCUGUUAGCGUUAGUGCACUAUGUAAGCUUGAUACCAUCUUUGGAUGAUUGCGUAGCUGAUACGGAAGAAAAAGACGUCUGGAAUACCUCACACGAGGUUCUAGCCAUGGGCGCUGGGGACAAUGAAGAACAUGCCGUGCUAUUGGCUAAUUAUUUUAUGUGGUAUGAUCACCGCUACCAUAACGGAGGUAGUAGUCACUCUAAAAUUUAUCUCGUUUUUGGAAACGCCAUUCCAGACGGCAACAUCGUCUACGUGCUCCGUGAACAAGAGAUCUGGAAUGCCAGAACUGGUGUCGGAUACGCUAUUUCAGACCCUCACUGUCCACUUCGCGAUGUGUCUCUUGUUGCAUCUAGUACAAAUGUCUUUGCAAAUAUACAGCCACUCGCGUUUACCUGUAAUUCCUCAACUGGUAACGUAAAUUGGAACAUUGAAAACAAUUUAAAAUGCUGGAAACCAUUCUUUUCUACUGAUAGCAUCAUCGUGCCGCUGCCAAGUGUCCAGCAUCGAAAGCUCGUUUACCGUGAGACUUCACCAGAGUUUGUAAAUGAAGCCGAAGUAGAAUUGAAAAAAAUACUUAAGCUUGCCGUACGCCGCUGGAGAAGCACACAUUUUGCUACAAUUUUUAAUGAAGCUGCGAGUCUUCAACUGCGAAAUCAUUUAAUCAUGCUUGAGUGCGAAGCUACCAAUCAAAACGGUAGCAAAAGUACUUUGGCGACGCCAACGACAUCGGCCAGCAAACUAGUGUCAAGUCCGCGAGCGACAACGAAGCUUAAACAAGAGCCGCAGUUAACAUUUACUAUGCCAGUACCAAAUGUUAAUUCUGGUGUCGCUGUAUUGCGCGAAAUGCAACGAUCACACGAGGUCUGUGGUAUACCGCUGCAUUUAUCGCUCACAAAUAUACCGCAGGUCCUCAAAAUCGUCCAAAAUACGGUGCGUGCUGCAUUUCAAAUACGAGUGUAUUUUCUUUCUUGCUUGGUCUUUAGAAAUAAUGAGCGGUAA